CCAGGUUGAUUCCUCGGCACUCUGUGUUCAUACCAGGUUUGCAUUCUGACCUGCAAGCCAAUGUAAGUCGUGUUGAGUGACUGCGUGUGAAAGAGGGAUCAUCACCAUCCUCAUGUCCUAUGGAGGAGGCUUUUAUGGACGCACUGAGCGCGUCCGCCAGGCGCCGCACUAUGACCAGGUGCCACAGGGCUCUUUACCCCGAGCGGACUCCCACGACCUGCAGCCGCUGAGGGAGCAGAGAUCGGCUCACCUCGCUCAGAGCGCCGACCCCCUCCCUCCUCCGCCUCUGCCGGACCAGCCUCCCGUGGGCCCCGAGUUUGAUCCCAGCGGCAGCGAGGACAACGCAGACCCCGACCCGGCUGCCGACCCGGCUGCCGACCCGGCCCUCGACAUUAAACCGGUCCACCGCUUCAUCCCGGACUCCUGGAAGAACUUCUUCAGAGGAAGCAACCGCAGCAGUAACAAGCCCUGGUCCAUGUCUGCCUCCUCCUCUAACAACAACAACAGCACCAGUGAGGGGGUGCGCUGCUCUCCUCCACAGUCCCCCUCUGUCCCGGGAUCGUACCGGGAUCCUUAUGGCGGCUCGGGCAGCAGCUACAACUCCCGCAAGGAGCUUCUGGAACUACCGGACGGCCACGAGUCCGUGUCAGGGCGCACCUACCAAACCGGUCUGACCUACAGCGAGCGAGUGGAGGAGUACCACCUGCGCUACGGCUACAUGAAGUCCUGGGCCGGACUGCUGAGGAUUCUGGGCUGCGUGGAGCUCCUGCUGGGAGCUGCCGUGUUUGCCUGCGUCUGUGCGUACAUCCACAAAGACAACGAGUGGUUCAACAUGUUCGGAUACUCGUCUCCCGGAGGAGCAUACGGAGGCGGUUUAUACGGCGGCACCACAGGCGGGUCCUACUACACAGGACCCAAGACCCCGUUUGUGUUGGUGGUGGCAGGGCUGGCCUGGUUGGUGACUGUGAUCAUGUUGGUGCUGGGGAUGACCAUGUACUACCGCACCAUCCUGCUGGACUCCUCCUGGUGGCCUCUGACGGAGUUCACCAUAAACCUGGCUCUGGCAGUGCUGUACAUGGCAGCAGGCAUCGUUUAUGUCCGAGACACGACCCGCGGAGGGCUCUGCUCCUACCCGGUCUUCAACAACGGCAUCAAUGGGGCGUUCUGCAGGACAGAGGCGGGCCAGACUGCCGCCAUUAUCUUUCUCUUUGUCACUUUGGUCGUAUAUCUGAUUGGAGCCAUGGUGUGUCUCAAGCUGUGGAGACAUGAAGCUGCACGCAGAUACCGGGAGAAGUACGGCCAGGAGAUGCUUCCAUCUGACAUCCGAACCACACAAUCUUUGAUGGUUCCAGUAGUUCCAGGUCCUGCAGCCAAAGUUCCUGAACAGGUCCAAGGCUCCUCGGUCGUUCCCAUCCAGGCUGCUCUAAAAGCAGUCCCACCAAAGGUUUUACAGGGAGCUAUACCAUCAGGGCACAUUCCAAAACCUGUUAUUAUGCCUGACUACAUUGCGAAGUACCCAAUGAUCCGGACGGAUGAGGAGCGGGACCAGUACCGAGCCGUGUUCAACGACCAGUACUCGGAGUACAAAGAGAUCCACGCAGACGUUCAGGCGACCCUCAAGAAGUUUGACGACAUGGAUGUCAUGAUGCGCAGUCUGCCCCAGCACCCCACCAGCCAGAUGGAGGUCGAUCGCAUUAACAAAAUCCUUCAGGAAUACCAGAGGAAGAAAAAGGACCCUACGUUCCUGGAGAAGAAGGAGCGCUGCGAGUACCUGAAGAGCAAACUGUCGCACAUCAAACAGAAGAUCCAGGAAUAUGAUAAAGUCAUGGAGUGGAACGACGGAUACAGCUAAACCUCUCCACCCUGGAAACACCACAAAUACAGAACUAUUACUGACAGCUAAGCAGGACUUGUGGUGAAAAUGACAUUUAAACCCAGCGAGGACCACAGGAGCAUGACUGGGACUUCCAGCCUGCUGUGUCUUUUAAAUCUGCGCAGCGGUUGGUGGUUAGAAAUAGGUCUACGAGCAGUUUUGUAUGUCUGCGUUUUUAAAGCCCACAAAGGGUAAAAUGUUUUUAUGCUUCAAGGAAUAGUUAGGGAGAACUCUUGUUCGCUUUCUGGUGAAGAGCUGGGUGAGGAAAUCAGUACCAGUCUCAUCUCUGUAGGAUCACUGUAAAGCUACAUCCACUUAGCUCAGCACAAACACUGGAAGCAGAGGGAAACUGCUAGCCUGGCUCUGUCCAACAACAACAAAGUCAGCCCACAAGCACCUCUAAAGUUCACUAAUCUACACGUUAUAACUUGUCCUAGUGUAAAAAUAGAAAUUACACACAGCUGGUGCAACAGACAUGAAAGCAGCAAUGCGACAGUGUAGAAAUACUCUGUUGAUGGUAAAAGUCCUGCAUUUAAACUUUUACUUCACGCUCCAGAGUGAAACAUUGAGGAGGAUCUAUUGGCAGAAAUGUAAUAUAAUAAUCAUAUGUAUGUUUUCAUUAGUGUAUAAUCACCUGAACAUAUAAGAAUGUGGCUCUAUAUCGGGGCUUUUACAUUUUUCACGGGUUUCGUGGCCACCGUGGUUUCUCCUACACGCUUAAAAGGGUGAGGUGAGGGUGUUGUGUCCUACUCACCGGUCCUUCAGAACACGCUCAGACAACCAAAAGUUAAAAUACUCCUCAUGCAGAAUGGCCGAUUUCAGAAUAAUGUAUUAUUUAAGGUUUUAUUAAGAAAUGAAGGUUUGCAGUUCAUUCAUGCUGCACACAUCAGAAAAGAUAAUUGCAGGUCAUCUUUUAAAUGUCUCGAAGGUCUCUGAAGAUUUGGGCACAACAGUCUGAUUUCCUGUUGUUUGGGACAUUAACCAGGAGCAGCUUUAAGUCCCAGAUGAGCCACAAUAAUACAAUAUAUAGCUGUUUCUUAUGUGUCUUUACUGUCUCCUGGCUGUAGCUACAUACCUAAAAGAAUAAGAAAAACAAUGUUCUGAUAUUACUCUUCACCAGAUAGCGAUUAAGUUAAUUUCCCAGAAUAUCAAACUAUUC